GGAAAAGAAAAGAGGAACAAAAUUUUGCUCAUCAAUAAAAAAAUAUAAAAAAACAAAAACCAACGUGUUGAAAACUUUGUUCUUCUGAACAAGGAACAAGUUCUUCCUGCAAAUUCAACAACUCAAAUACCCAAAUCGAAAACCCUAAUCGCAUACCUUUCUUCAAUUCAUCGGGUAAGUUUCACCGUUCCUUAAUUUUCACGCCAAUUAUUUCUAAUGCAAAAUUUUCCCCGUCAAAUUCAGCUUCAAUUUGUCUCACUUCCAAAUCUUAGGGUUUCGUUUCGCGUUAAGAAACCGAAACCCUAGAAAUUUUUCGACUAAUUUGUAGCUGAAAUUACAUCACAAACGAUCUUUGUGUCGAUAAUUGAUUGGAAAUGAAGGCUCUGAAUGGGUUAUUGGGUUUAAAACGCAGAAAAAUUCAUGGGGUUUUCAAUGGUUUAUGUGUUAUGGUUGUGUUCUUCUUUUUUUACAACAGGGAAGAUAUAAUUCGAAACCCCCUUCUUAGACAAUCUGCUUAUUUGGUUAAUCAACAUGGUUUGUCUCAAAAUUUGAUUUUGAAAAAUGGGGUUUCGGUUAUUCACCGUAGAAUGGUUGAAAUUAGGAAUAGUACUAAUGAUUCGAGUUUAGUUGGUAAUGAAGAUUUGGGUGUGAGUACACCGGGAGUGUGCUUUGGAUUGCUUCAGUAUGAUGGUUAUGAUAGCCCUUGUGAAUUUUUGAAGGUGAAUCCUCAGUGUAGUUCUGAUGGGUAUAUUGAUUACUUGAGGUUUUUCUAUUGUAAAUGUCGAGGUUUUAGGGCUCUAGGCUAUCUAGUAUUGGGUGUUUGGCUUGCUGCUUUGUUUUAUCUCUUGGGGAACACUGCAGCGGAUUAUUUUUGUCCUUCGCUUGAGCAUCUCUCGAGGCUUUUGAAGUUGCCUCCUACUGUAGCUGGUGUUGUGUUGCUUCCUCUUGGGAAUGGUGCGCCGGAUGUGUUUGCUAGUAUAGCGUCGUUUGUGGGGACUGAUACGGGUGAAGUUGGUCUUAACAGUGUGUUAGGUGGGGCUUUGUUUGUUACUACUGUUGUGGUUGGAACUGUUUCUCUUUGUGUUGCAGAGAGGGAUGUUCAAGUUGAUCGACGAUGCUUUAUAAGGGAUUUGAGUUUCUUCCUGUUCACUAUUUUUUCGCUGCUUUUGAUUUUGUUUGUUGGCAAGAUUGGUAUUGGGGCAGCGAUUGGUUUUGUAUCGAUUUAUGUUGUUUAUGCUUUCAUUGUUGCUGCCAAUGAGAUAUUGCGGAAACAUGCACGGAGGUUGAAAUUGGAUUCUGUGACACCUAUGCUUCCUGUCCAAGGAAGCGUGUUCUCUAUUGGUUCUGAAGAGGAUACUACUAUAUAUAGCUCUUUGCUUGACUUAGACACCGAGAGCGAUCCUCCCCGUCUCCCUCCUUCCUUGCCUCAGUGGAUGUGGUCUUCGAAUGUGGCAAUAUAUUCAAACCAGGCAAGUAAAAUCUAUCAUUUAGACGAUGAAAGGCCUCCUUGGGGGUGGAGUGAUGGAACCCCAGAAAACACCAGGUCGUCGUUCUCUGUUUCAAAGCUUUUCUUACUCAUGGAAAUGCCGCUUGCAAUUCCUAGACGGCUGACUAUUCCAAUGGUUCACGACGAAGUAUGGUCGAAGCCGUUCGGUGUGGCCAGUGCUUCAUUGGCUCCCAUUCUCCUAGCCUUUUUGUGGAGCACACAAGAUAAUGUGAGUUACACGAGUAUUAUACUUGCUUAUUGUUUUGGCAUUUCUGUCGGAAGCACACUUGGUAUUCUUGCAUAUAAAUACACAGUGUCUGAUCGUCCGCCGUCUCAGUAUUUGAUACCCUGGGUUCUUGGAGGAUUCGUUAUGAGCAUAGUGUGGUUCUACAUAAUAGCAAAUGAGCUUGUGGCUCUAUUAGUAGCGUUUGGUUUAAUGUUUGGAAUUAAUCCAUCGAUUCUUGGUUUAACUGUAUUAGCAUGGGGAAAUUCAAUGGGAGAUUUAAUGUCAAAUGUUGCAUUGGCAUUGGAAGGAGGGGAUGGAGUUCAGAUAGCUUUAUCUGGAUGCUAUGCAGGUCCUAUGUUCAACACACUUGUUGGUUUGGGGUUCUCAUUGCUGCUCGGUGCAUGGUCGAAGAAACCUUCUUCAUACGUGGUGCCUAAAGACGGUAGCUUAUUUUACACCAUGGGAUUUCUUAUCACAGGACUGCUAUGGGCACUUGUUGUUUUACCGCGCAACAACAUGCAUCCCACCAGAAUGUUGGGAUUGGGUCUCAUUGCCCUUUAUGUGAUAUUUCUUUCUUUCAGAGUGUGUACUGCAAUGGGAUUAAUAACAAUGUAUGGUUUAAGUUAGACUUUUUUCGAUUGAUUUACGUUGUAAUCAUAUUGAUCAUGGUUUCUACUUCUUAUUGAGCCAUGAGCUGUAAUUUCUGUCGUGCAUAUAGCUGAUACAUAGGACAUGAAAUUUAGGAAAGAAAAAUUUGGUCUCCACGUAGCAUGAAUGAGUUACUGCUCUGUAUAUUCAAACAUUUUGUUGAAAAAUGGACUCCAAAGCUACCACUUACCAAUCAAAAUGACUUCAGCAGUCUAGCCUUCUGGUGUGAUUGAUUUCUUCUU